UCGUCUGCUUGACACGACAAAAUGGCUUCCACUCGCCUGUCCUCAUUUCCACCUGUGUGCAAUAUCCAGGAAUGAAAACACUUUCGAGAAGAAAGUAAGGAAUUUCUUUGGUUCUGGAAAUACAUUGAUGUGAUUGGGAUUAUCAUUUCCUGCGAAUUUUCCUUUUGUAAAUAAUCGGAUAAUCUCUCCAGGAGUUGAUUGGAUUCCAUUUGUGAUAACGCUAUAGUUGAAAUCUACGGGACUUUUUCUGGAUUGCUGUAUAAUGAAAAAGUGUGAUCUGAUUUCAGUUACAAUUAUGAACAUAUAGGAUUACAACUGUAAUGAUGCGACCAGAUGAUCUUAGUCACCUCGAGGUACUGGACGAGAACACCAUUGUUCAGGCGCUGAGAGGCAGAUUCCAUAAAGAUAAAUAUUACACGUAUAUAGGUGAUAUCCUAGUCGCUGUAAAUCCGUGUAAACCUCUAAAUCUUUUCGAGAAAACGAACCAUGAGGAGUAUGAAAAUCUGUUGGUCCGAUCCGAGAAGCCCCCUCACCUGUUUUGGGUGGCUGACCACGCGUACAGGGCUCUACUGGAAAAUGGGAGAAACCAGUGUAUCCUGGUUAGUGGGGAGUCUGGAGCAGGAAAGACAGAAAGUACAAAAUAUAUGAUACGACACCUCAUGAGGAUCAGCCCAAGUAAAGAUAGACACUUGCUCGACAAAAUUGUCCAGGUUAAUCCAUUACUUGAAGCAUUCGGCAAUGCUGCCACUGUCAUCAACGGAAAUUCCAGUCGAUUUGGAAAGUUCAUAGAGCUCCACUAUACAGAAGAAGGGUCAUUACUUGGAGCAAAAAUUGAUGACUAUAUAUUAGAGAAGUCCCGAGUAGUGUACCGGAACAAAGGCGAGAAGAAUUUCCAUGUAUUCUACUCUCUGUUUGCUGGUAUGUCGCGGGAUCGCCUCUUAUACUACUUCCUGGAGGAUCCUGACUGUCACAGAAUCAUGCGUGAUGGCGACCCAACAUGUGGGGUAUUCCGGGACUCGGAUGAGUUCCAAAACUACAAGAUUAUGUUUGGAGAACUGACAGUGAUUAUGUCACACAUAGGGUUUUCGGAUGAGCAUAUAUCAGUCAUUUUCCUCGUUCUGGCUUCUGUGCUUCAUUUGGCGAACAUAGUAUUCAUGCCCUGUGAGGAAACAGACGGUGUGACUGUAGCGGACGAAUACCCUCUCCAUGCAGUUGCCAAACUUCUCGGCAUAGAAGAUGAAGUUGAGCUCACUGAAGCUCUUAUCUCUAAUGUCAACUUCAUUAAAGGAGAACGAAUUCAGUCUUGGAAAAACCUCCGAGAAGCAAACGACAGCCGAGACGCCCUGGUGAAAGACUUAUAUUCCCGGUUGUUUGGAUGGAUUGUCGGCCAAGUGAACAGAAAACUAUGGUUGCAUAAUGAUAGCAAAUCAUCGCAUCUCACAAGAGGACUUACAAUCAGUCUAUUGGACAUGUCUGGGUUUGAAAACUUCAGUACUAACACCUUUGAUCAGUUUCUCAUCAAUAUUUCAAAUGAAAAGCUACAGCAGUAUUUUAUGGACUACAUUUUCCCGCGAGAACGCCGCGAAUACGAGAUCGAGGGCAUUGAGUGGCGGGACAUCGUAUACCACUCAAAUGACGAUGUACUGGACCUUGUAUUCAGGAGACCAGAUGGUGUUCUCUCCUUACUGGACGAAGAAUCUAUUUUCCCAAAAUCCACCGACGUGACAUUGGUACAGAAACUGAAUCAGUAUUGCAGAGAUACACACAGAUAUGUGAAGUCAGUGGGAGAGCGGACAAGCUUCGGGAUCCGACACUAUGCCGAACAGGUGAUGUACGAUGCCGAGGGCUUCCUGGAGAGGAACAGAGAUAAUUUAAGCAUAGACCUUGUUUCCUGUCUCCUCAAUAGCAACAACGACUUCAUCAAGGACCUCUUUACUGCAUCCAUGUCCCCAACUGGCACCAUAUCAGAUUUUGCCAGUAAGUGUACAUCUCGACCAUGUCUACCUAGCGUGUGGCCGUCAGCGAUAGAACCCGAAAGACUGCGCGAAAGUGUUUCACGGCAGGCGUCUCUAAAGAUCAGAAGAAGUCGUGGAUUAUCCGGGGAAAGUGUUUCCAGUUCCCUUGCAGGCAAGACAUCGCCAACAGUGACUCGUCACUUUAAGAGAUCGCUCUCAGAUCUCAUGACAAAGCUUUCUCAAGCACAGCCUCUUUUUGUUCGGUGUCUUAAACCGCACAAUACAUUAUCUUCUGGGAAGUUUGACGUUGAAUUAAUCCGACGACAACUCCUUUGCAAUGGUCUCAUGGAGAUAGCCGAGUUAAGGAGAGAUGGAUAUCCAUUUAGGAUUAGAUAUGAGGAUUUUCUAAGGAAGUACUCUGAUAUAUGUGAUUACGCGAAUGACGUCACGAAUGAACGGGAAUCUUGUACAGAGAUACUCCGAACAGCAAACAUAGAGGGAUAUCAAAUGGGCAGAUCAAAGAUUUUCCUGAAAAAUUGGCAAAAGGACAAUUUGGAAAUUCUUCUUCGAGACAAGUUGAGAGAAAAAGAGAUACAACAAGAAGAGCUAAGACGUCGACAAUCAGAGGCAUCACUGCUAUCAAUGUUGUCAGAGGGAGGUGAAAAUUUACACAGUACUCCUCGGCGGUCUGCUGACAGUGGUUUAGAUAUGGCGGGUAGUCCCCGAGACGGGACAAAGAAUUUCGGAGACUUGUAUGGAAAGAAGAACUGUCUCAAUAAGCAAUCUCGAGCACCAUACCCAGAGGGUCAAAAUCUCCUCGAUGGAAUGGAUAUGGACGAUAGUGUCAGUGUUCCACCGAAAAAAGAUAGCCGGGUUCAGUCGGAAGAUAGCCGUAGUACAGAUAACACAACAACAGUCGAAGUAGACAAAGAGAAAACCGAGCAUUGGCGACCGUAUGACAUUUUCCAAGUAUCAGAGCGUGAGUUUGAAGAGAGUGAUUACAUAUUCAAAGAAAUCCUGAAGGGCAUUCGACUUUUCCUAUACGUGUUCUUCGUUAUCGCUAUCCUCAGUUGUGCUGUGGCCAGUAAAAUAUCACUCCUCCUUCUUACAUCAGGGAUUAGCAAGGACGCCGAAUCACGGGGGGAGCAUCUAUUUAUGGUUCUAAUUUGCAUGUGCUUACCAAUUGGGUGGAGCUGGUUGAUGGCCUUUAUGAAAAUCCUGUUUGGUGGCAAGGAAUGGCCUUCAAUAAAAACAUUCGUUCUGCUCCUUCUUAUGGAAACCAUGCAGACGUUUGGGUUGUGCCUUUUGCUAUUCCGCGUGCUGCCUUCUACAGACUUUUUUAGUGGUCUAAUAAAGACGUUUGCAGUUUGUCAAAUUCCCAGUCUUCUGAAAGUGGUCGUUCAUGAAAAGAGACCAAAUCCAAGCCUCAGUGAAGUAGUUACCAUCAUCCUGAAUAUUGCCGCGUUUCUUGUACAAGUAGCAUCAAUUCCAUUCUUUUCUACCGGAGAAUUUUUGCUCGAAGGCAACCACACUCUUCUUGAAGGGCACAACGCUACGACAUACGUCACGACGACUGUCGAAAAAGCAACAAACGGCGAAUGGGAACUUCCAGUUGCGCUGGUACUAAUAUCUAUCGGCUGGUGGGAGAAUUACGUGUCUGGAGAAUGGACAGUUUUCGGAAGGAUCACUAUACCAUUUAAACAAUGGCGGUCUAUAUUACAAGAUACCAGAGAGACCUCAUAUUUCCUCGUAGCACCGUUCAAGGUUGGUCUUGCUGUCCUGUUCGCUCGCCUUCUUACAAACAACACUAAUUUUGUUGUUCCAGCUUCUAGUCAUUUCAAUCAAACCACUAGUGAGUACGACUCAAAAUUCGAAGAGGUUGGUGUAUCCUACAGUUUAGUGUUUAUUCAAAUUGGAUCUGGAAUAAUAUGUACAUACCUGGCUGGACUUGCGUGUAAACUACACAUGCAAAGAACAGCCUUCGCUCUUCCAUUGAUCAUUGCCCCUCCCGUGUCACUGGCAGUGAUAUUCUUGCAAUGUGAGUAUCAGUUUCUUCCUGCUCACUGGCACUUGGGUGGCUGGUUUUGUGGGAAGUACGAAUUGGAAUCCAUGCUCGUCCCACUGAUCUGCGCCUUUCUGUUGUGGCUGUCUUAUUCAAUUACAGUUUCACAUAUCUGGUUCCCACAGAGUGAGCGAAUGGCCAAAAUAGAAAAACUUUUUGUUACUCCACACGUAGAUGCCCUAUUCCCGGACUUCACAUUGACGCUCCGGCGUAGGCGUAAUGAUAAAGAAAUCAAACUAACAGGAUUUGACACGUUCCGGUAUGUGGGAGAGGAUUUUUACAACACAGGGGAGGACAUUUACGCGGGAAUCAAUGUGACACCUCAGGUGUAUGUGUGCGCAACUAUGUGGCACGAGACUCGACAGGAAAUGACGCAAUUACUUAAAUCACUUUUCAGGCUGGACUAUGUGCAUUGUGCAAGUCGGUUGGCACAGGAGAAGUUUCGUAUCCGUGAUCCGGACUAUUUUGAUUUGGAAAUGCAUAUCAUUUUCGAUGACUCUUUUGAGCUGGACGAGACUGUCGAUAAAUAUGUCCCGAACAUGUUUGUACGACAACUGGUGGAUUGCAUGGAGGACGCUGCAAGGUCAGUAGUAAAGGGUCCGGUGAUCAUGGGAUCUCCUGAAAAGAUACCGACAUCGUACGGAGGACGGCUGGUCUGGACAAUGCCUGGCCACACCAAACUCAUCGUUCACAUGAAAAACAAGAACAAAAUGCGCCACAGGAAGAGAUGGUCUCAGGUGAUGUACCUGUAUUACCUACUGGGAUUCAAACUAUUAGGCGGUAAGGAAGCAGACCGGUUCAUGACGGAGGAGAGCGAAAGCAGCAUGUCUAAAUUGAGGAACCGAAAGAAAGGCAAGAAAAACCGAUCCAGGCCGCUAAAAACACUCUUCACCCGCAUGGACCCAGAACAAUAUGAGCAGGCCGAGAGUACAUAUAUAUUGACCCUAGACGGAGAUGUAGAUUUCCGCCCGGACUCUGUAAAGUUGUUGAUCGACAGAAUGAAAAAGAACAGGAAAGUUGGAGCUGUGUGUGGGCGAAUCCAUCCAAUCGGCUCAGGUCCUAUGGUGUGGUACCAGCAGUUUGAGUACGCCGUCGGUCAUUGGCUACAGAAAGCUGCAGAACACGUGUUUGGUUGCGUGUUGUGUUGCCCCGGAUGUUUCAGUCUUUUUCGAGGGUCUGCCAUCAUGGACGAUAAUGUUCUGAAGAUGUAUACUACCAAACCGACUGAGGCCCGCCAUUAUAUCCAGUUCGAACAAGGUGAGGAUCGAUGGUUGUGCACUCUUAUGCUGCAACAAGGACACCGCAUCGAUUACUGCGCAGGUGCCGAUGCUCUGACCUUUGCUCCGGAAACGUUCAACGAGUUUUUCUCUCAGCGCCGUCGUUGGUCACCGUCUACAUUGGCAAACAUGAUGGACCUGCUGGCGUCAUGGCGAGACACAGUACGCAUCAAUGACAAUAUCAGCCGUUUAUAUAUACUUUACCAAUUCGUCCUUAUGGCAUCAACGAUCCUAGCGCCAUCUACCGUCAUCUUGAUGAUAACAGGGUCGUAUCACUCUGUCCUGAAGCUUGGCAUCUGGGAGUCUUAUAUCUUAUCCCUACUUCCAGUUAUUAUCUACCUUGGAAUUUGUCUAAAACUCAAGAACGAUGUUCAAAUCUUCGCGGCUGCUGUUAUCACUGCUCUCUAUUCCCUUGUCAUGAUGGUUGCUACAGUGGGAACAGUAAUCAGUAUUGUCACUGAAAAUUUUGGUAGUCCAAAUGUUGUUUUUCUGACUGGUUUAGCUUCUAUUUUCAUGAUAGCGGGAAUAUUGCAUCCACAAGAAUUCUUUUGUUUAGUAUAUGGUGCCUUGUAUUUCAUUACGGUUCCGUCUACAUUCAUCCUACUUACGGUCUAUUACCUUUGCAAUGUCAACAACGUUUCGUGGGGUACCCGAGAAACACCCAAGAAAUUAUCUAAAGAAGAACAGGAGGAACUGCAAAAGAUACAAGAAGAAAAACGAAAGAAAAAAGACAGCAAAAGUUUCUUCAACAGACUUGGCCUUGCACCUCUUAUUAUCGACCUUACCAGUGCCAUGAAACGAUUGUUUGGACAUCCUGAAAAUGUACAGACGUGUUCUGUGUCUAUUCAAACAGAGGAAACUGUAACUAUCCAACGUUCGAUAUCGAAACAAACCCGACAGCCCGAGGUCAAACGAGUACAGCAGCCACCUGUUGAGGAUAUGACAGGUUGGGAAGCCGAUCCGAACAAUCCAUACUGGCUCGGACUAGAGUACUUAGGGGAUGGUGUUGUUAAGCAUGUGUCAGAGGAAGAAGCAGGCUUCUGGAAGUUCAUGAUUAAGAAAUAUCUGCAUCCACUCGAUGAAGAUCAAUCUCACAAAAAGAAAAUCAAAGAGGAUUUAAUUUCCUUGAAGAACAACGUAGUUUUCAUAUACUUCAUGAUCAAUUUCCUGUGGACGAUCAUUACCUUACAGCUUCAGUCAAUGGAAGACGAGCUGAAAAAAUUCUAUAUCAUCAAUAAAUACGAACCACUGUCUCUUACCUUCCUCUCUGUCUUUGCUAUCGCCAUAUCCCUUCAGUUCGUCAGCAUGUUUGUCCAUAGAUACGGAACGUUCCUCCAUCUAAUGUCAAGCACACGAAUCGACUGGUUUCAGAAAGUGCAGACUGAAGAGGAUUUCGUGCGUUUCGUUGUAAGUGAAGCGCAAAGACUUCAGAGAAUGGAACCUGCGCCGGAUUACGACGAACUGCCGCCUGAUUAUGAUGGCGAUGACGACGGACUGUCUCAAGGAUCGGAACAGUACGACGAAUUACCGUCUCUCCCCCAGAGUCCACGCGGUACCGUGAGAACGUUCGGUCGUAAGACACGUGUUCUACAGAAACGAAAUUUUGAAAAUAAUGAUGUACCUAUUCUCCAACAAAUUUUCGAAGACAGAUUAGAAAAUAUUCAUAGGAAAUGGAAGAAGGGCACGCUUGCUUUCCGCGGAGGAAUGAACAAUGGCUUGUCCAGGCACGAUAGCAGUAGGUUUUCAGAUAGAGAAAACUUCAUGAGACAGAAAAUGUUUAAAAGAAGCUUCAAAAAGGACAGCAGAGAGACAGUACCGGUGAUGCCUGUGAAGAUUGAUAUGCAAUAGGACAAUUACCAAGCAUAUAAUGCAGUGCUGCUUUAUGUUCAGAGUGUCUGUAUUCUUGCCAUUUUUCAAUAUUAAGAUAUUUUAACUUAACAUGUUAUUAGCACUUUGUAAAACUUACCUCUUCAUAUUUUUGUUUAUUGCUUAUCCCUGAAUGAUACAAUGUAUAUAAAAUGAUCGUCCUUAUCUUGUGAUAUUUAAUGAAAAAAACAUUCGAGAAAUAUAUAUAUAUAUAUUAAACUACAGGUGCCAAAUACACGUUUAAUACAUUUCGAAACCAGCUGUUCAAGAAAUUGCAUCUAUGAUCCCAUUGCAAAUUAUGUUACAGUUAAGAAAAUGAAUUAUAUUGAUGGACAUGCAACUUAUUCUUGACGUACAAGAUGUUGCUUUAUCAAUGGCUAGAUAGAAACAGCACUGUUCGACUAGCAAUUUAUAACCUAUCUCGUAUAGCACAUUGCUAACAUUUGUACAUUAAUAUUCUGUAGUAUUUGUUUUGUACAUGUAGCGAGGAAUGUUGUUAUGGAUUUGACUAUACGUAUGUGGCGUUUCACUUAUUUAUUAUUGUGUGUACAUCUGAUUCUUGAUUACACCGACAGAAAGGUUUAAUUAUAUUAAAUAAGUUGCUGUUUUUA